CGCACACUGUUCAUCGCGCUCGGACUGGCCCGCUUGCUCUAGAGAUCUGCUCACAACAUGCGAUUCGCGACAGGCUCCAUCCGAGUCGCACAGAGGAGCUUGGCAGCGGUUGGGAGGAGGUCCUACCAUCCCGCUGUGCUCCCCUCGCUCAUCUCGACUGCCUCGCCGGAGUUCAAGGCCAAGGCCGAGUCUAUGGACUCUCUGGUGGCCGAACUUGAGGGUAACUUGGCCAAGGUUAGAGAAGGUGGUGGAUCGAAAGCGGCGGAUCGCAUGAGGAGUAAAGGGAAGAAGCUACCGCGUGAAAGGCUAGCUCUGCUAUUGGACCCCCAUACACCAUUUCUUGAGCUAUCACCGCUUGCGGCGCAUGAAGUGUACAGAGAACAUGUUCCGGCAGCAGGGAUCAUCACAGGCAUUGGUCGUAUAUCCGGCCGGGAGUGCGUGGUGGUGGUCAACGAUGCCACCGUAAAGGGUGGCUCAUAUUACCCGCUAACAGUUAAGAAGCACCUCCGCGCUCAGGAAGUCGCUAGAGAGCAUGGCCUACCAUGUGUUUAUGUUGUGGAAUCUGGAGGAGCUGCGUUGCCUCAUCAAGCAAAUGUCUUCCCAGACAAGGAGCACUUUGGUCGUAUAUUUUACAACAUGGCCCAGAUGUCUGCUCUGGGCAUCCCACAGAUUGCCAUUGUUCACGGCAUAUCAGUCGCAGGUGGUGCAUAUGUGCCGGCGAUGGCAGAUGAGAACAUCAUUGUACGAGAGCAAGGGCGUAUCUUCCUCGCAGGUCCGCCCCUCGUCAAAGCCGCGACAGGUGAAGAGGUUGACGAGGAGACCCUCGGCGGUGGCCAGAUGCACUCCUCGGAAAGUGGAGUGACCGACCAUCUUGCUCGGGAUGACGAGCACGCCAUUGCUAUUGCAAGAGGUAUCGUAAGCGACCUCGGCAAAGCGGGCGGACGAGAGGUUUCCCCUCCAGCAGUCCCAGAGGAUCCGCUAUAUUCCGCCUCCGAACUUCAUGGUAUUGUCGGAACAGACCUCCGACAAGCUUUCGACAUGCGAGAUGUCAUCGCACGCAUAGUCGAUGGCAGCCGCUUCCGUGAAUUCAAGAAGGAAUACGGGACGACCAUCGUCACUGGCUUUGCGCACCUGCACGGAUACCCCGUCGGAAUCAUAGCGAACAAUGGCAUCCUGUUCUCGCAGUCUGCGCUCAAGGCGACGCACUUCAUCGAACUAUGCUCGCAGCGCCAGAUACCACUGCUCUUCCUCGUCAACGUCACCGGCUACAUGGUCGGCUCGAAGGCGGAGAAGGGCGGCAUCGCGAAGGACGGCGCCAAGAUGGUUCGCGCAGUCGCGACCGCGGAUGUGCCGAAACUCACCGUCAUCGUCGGAGGUAGCUAUGGCGCUGGAAACUACGGCAUGUGCGGUCGUGCAUAUUCCCCGAGGUUCCUGUGGAUGUGGCCGAACGCCAAGGUGUCUGUUAUGGGACCUGGACAACUCUCACAAGUCAUGGCGACUGUAUCGAAGGAUCCAACGAAGCACAGUACGCUCAAGGAUGAAAUCGAGGAGCAAUCGACUGCCCUCUACGCGUCCGCACGCCUCUGGGACGACGGCAUCAUCAAGCCGACGGAUACGAGGGACACGCUCGGUCUCGCGCUAGCAUUGGCUGCGCGGGAACGCGGUGGAAGGGGAGCACCGAGUCGCUCCGGUACGACAUGGGACGGAGACGGCAAGGGUUUCGGUGUGUUCAGGAUGUAAGCUUAGACGAGCACAGGACCCGCGAUAGCCACACGGCAGACCCAGUGGACUUCGGAUGUAUAUUACCAUAUGUAUCUGCAACGGCGUAGUACAACUGUUUUGCUCUUCUUCGUCCCUCCGAUAUUCUCGCGGCAAGAUCAUGCACGCCUCCUUUUACGCGCGGAGACAUCUACGUCUUCGUCGACAUCCAUGGAGUCAACUUCGCUCCCGCGCUUGGGUUUGCCAGGCGAAAUGACGGCACCGGGCUGUUGCGCUACCCAAGCAUUUAGCUUUGCAUCUUCACCGCCUGUGAGUAGUAUGUUGUUACUCUCAUCCCACAAAGCUGCGCGCACGAUACCCAUGUGCCCGGUAGUCCAGGUACGCUGCAGAAUCCACGGAGCAUUCGGAUCGGAGAACGUCUGCUUUGUUAUAAGCGCAACAUCGCCCUCAUUCGAUCCAGCAAACAAGCAGAGAUCGUUGUCAGCAUCGCCAAUGGGGCUGGAUGCAUUGUGGCACCCGAUCAGAUAGUCCGUGACCCACGUCAGGUCUUGUCUGUGCACCGACGGCUGCCUAAUGUCAGCAUCUUGUACGCGGUCGAGCUCAGUCGUCCACACGCUGAACGUCUCCAUGUCGCUGGAAGCCCAUGCGGCUGGGCGGCCUGACCGAUCAUGGAGCCAACCGGCUUGCGCUAUGCUGCAGCCCCAGUUCCCGACAUGAAGACCAGCCUCGUCCUCGUCAGCCUCAUCUGCGUUCGACGUGCAGACAAGUCCGUCCGAAGAGGCGGAAAGGAGCAGGUUUCCGGUGUUCGGAACAGGCGAGGCGGCUGAACACAAGAAAUGGAGAGCCGUGAUGUCUUCCGAGUGUGUAGAAGAAUGGACGCGUAGCGGCGCUGCUGGGUUGCGAGGGUCCCAGUACAGGAUGGAGGCAUCAUCUCCUUGCAACUCGGUGCCAGCCGCAAUUGUCAGCCCAUCGGCGGACACAUCGCAAGAGAGCAGUCCCGACGCUUUUCCAGCAGUGGACGCGGUCAUGCGCAGUGCAACGGAUCCCGAGCGCUCGUCCCACACUUUGACCGCGCCAUCUUUCCCGGAAGAGAGCAGUGCAUGAGCGACAGUAUUUGCGACGUUGGGGACAGAUCUGAGCGCAGUAAUGGACGAGUCGUGCCCGGAGAAGGUCUGCACAUUUUGCAGUCGCGCCUUGUCGAAAACAUGGAUAGCAUUCGAUGGCGAUGAGGCAGAUGCGGCAUAGUAAGACGGCGUAGACGCGAUCGCGAGGACAUAUGCCCCGGCAGGCAGAAUCGCAGACCUGAUCGGCG